UAAUCCUUUACACUACAGACUUUGAUAGGGCCGUUGAGUUAUUGGAUAACCCUGACAUAAGUGAUAGCAAGGAAUUAAUAAUAAUUGACAGGGCUCAUCGACCCUUAAAUACCCUAAAUUCAAGGAUUCGAGAAAUAGCCAAAAUAGCUAUAAGACAUAAUCCAAUGUUUGUUGGUAUUUUCAUUGAUGUAAAUCUUAAUGAUGUUGUUAUACUUUCAUCCCAUGAAUACGACAUACAGAAUAGGGAAUUUAUAAAUGAAGUCAGAAAUAGUAUUAAUCCGCAUCCGAUUUUUGAAUAUGAAGAUUUACAUCAUGUACAUGUGAAACGCCAACCUCAUCCUCUGAUAAAUUUCCCUAUUAUAGCUGGUGAAG